UUGGAACUAGGUCCUCUUCAGUGCGCGUAUAUCGCUUGCUGCGGUCGUAGGACGAGUGUUUACAAAAACAAAAUCAUGACAACGGCGGCUAUCAAGUAUCCCAGGGAGGCCACGAUUUUCGCUGCCUGCUGUGCCAUUGUUUUUUGUAUCGUAGGCAUUGUCGGUAACUUGGUGACGGUCCUAGCUUUGAUCAGAUGUCCCAAACUGAGAGCACAUGCUACAACGGCCUUUGUACUAUCCCUAUGCCUAUCCGAUCUAAUUUUUUGCGUUCUGAAUCUACCUCUGACUGCAGCAAGGUACAUUUACGAGGCCUGGAUCUUGGGAGACGUUCUCUGUAAACUGUUCCCUGUCCUGUUUUAUGGAAAUGUUGGUGUCUCGGUACUGAACAUGGUGGCGAUAACGUUGAACAGGUACGUUCUGAUCUCUUGCCACCAGUACUACAACCAAUUAUAUUCCAAACUGUCCAUUUGGAUUCAACUAGUAUGUAUAUGGGGCGCAACUUUUCUGCUAAUGCUCCCUCCGCUAUUGGAAAUCUGGGGGAAACUGGGGUUAGACGCGUCGACUUUUUCAUGCACGAUAUUAAAGAAAGAUGGAAAGUCACCCAAAAAAGUCAUUUUCUUAGUAGGAUUUGCGCUGCCAUGCGUUGUCAUAAUACUAGCUUACUCUUGUAUUUACUACAGCGUGCGGAAGUCCAGAAAAAAACUGAAAUCCCACCAACCGAUAACCGACAAGAGAAGCAGCAGGAGAGAAAAAGACGACAGCAGGCUGACCAAACUGAUGGCGUUAAUAUUCAUUUGCUUUCUAUUCUGCUUUUUGCCACUGAUGGUAGUCAACGUGUUCGAUGACAAUGGCAACGACAUAAAGUAUCCCGUACUUCACGUGUUGGCCUCGAUUUUGGCUUGGGCCUCUAGCGUCAUCAACCCCUUCAUAUACGCAGCUAGUAAUCGCCAGUAUCGCUCGGCUUACUCAAAAUUACUGAGACUUGUCAAGUCGAGCGUGGUUUUUUCAGACUCCAAACACGCCUCAAAUAACUCCAGGCAAGACAAAAACGGUUCUGUUGUAUAUAAACCUAGUGGAGGUAGUGGUGUGUAACAAUAACACCUGUUUCCACGAUGUCGAAUAUCUUGCCCUUACAUUUUUGUUAGCAAUAAACAUUCCCCCUGUACAUUCACCACACCAAAAUUAAUAAGACUGAUGAUGGAACCAAAAAAAUAAUAAUAAUAAAACUGCUGUCUAGAAACAUAAAUAAGCACGAUAUGAACCACCAUGUAUAUAUUUUUUAUAUAUUUAUGUAUAAACUUCAUAGUGCCAUUGUUAAUACAGUAUUAUUGUUAAGUUAGCCUAGUUUAGCUAUGAUUGUAAAAAGCCUUGUGAUAUUAUGAUCAUUCGCAUUCUAGUGGACCCUGAAAGUACAGCAGAUUUAUGUAAAUUUUAUUGUAUUUUAACUAUAAAUAUAAAAAGUAUACUAUCUUGUGUUCUCAACCUCGAUUGUUAUGUUUGUGGUAGCAUUUUUUAAUGCCAAAUUUGUCUGCGAUGGAUCUUCUCUCAGUUGACAUGUUUAUUUGUAUCUUUGUAAUAUAUUAGAGUGUAUUUAUUUGUAUUGAAAAUAUUUUUUAUAUAUCUAUAAAG